GUAUGCUCCGUGAACAACGGCGGCUGUAGCCAUGUGUGUGUGGACGAGCCAUGGGGAAGUCUGUGCGCCUGUCCCGUUGGGUAUAAGCUUGCUGCCAAUGGAGCUAUCUGUGAAGAUGUGGACGAGUGUGCCUCAUUUCUUUCUCCCUGUAUGCAUCACUGCACUAACGCCAUCGGAUCCUACUACUGCCACUGCAGAGAAGGCUUCAAGCUGAGUAGAAACUCCAUUUGUCUUGCAACAGGCAAUUCUACCAGACUGCUUAUGGUGCAGAGGAAAGCGAUCGGACUGUUGAAUGUAACGUCUCAGUUUGAAGUUGUCCACACUCCAGUGUUGGAUGCAGUAGCUUUGACCUACGACAUCGCCCCUGGUUGGUUCUACUGGGCCGACGGCCACGGCAGCAUUUACCAAAGUGAUGGACGACAAGGCUGGAAAACCUACACUGGUGAGCCUGGGAUCAAAAGUCUGGCUUGUGAUUGGCUGAAUGGAAACCUUUACUGGACCAAUGAGCAGACAAAGGCCAUCUACAUGCAGGCAACAGAUGGGAACAGUUACACCACUGUGCUCAGCAAAAACAUAAGCCCGUCAGAUCUGGUGCUUUUACCUGUGGAGAGCAUGAUGUUCUGGAUGAAUGAAGGUCCAGGUGACAGGGUGACGAUAGAGAAGUCGUGGAUGGAUGGAUCAGGCAGGAGCUCUCUGGCCGUCCUCACUGCUCAAUCUGCCCACAGCCUCACUGCCGACGUGGCUGCCAGGAGGCUAUACUGGCUCAGUGACUUCAAGAAGUCCAUAGAGACAGUGAAGAUCGAUGGGACUGGACGUUACUCCUUCUCAGGAUUGUUCAGCAGACCAGCUCUCAGCCUGGCUGUCUUUGAGAGUUUCUUCUACUGGGUUGAUGACAAAGGACUGUGGCAGGUUCCGCAGGAUCGACCCAACCGGAAGACAUUUCUUUGGAAAGCUGAAUUUCCUCAAAUAUCCAUUUUCCAUGAGCUUCAGCAACCUCGAGGUUCUUCUGCCUGUGUGAGGACUCAUUGCCACCUCUGCCAUCUAACUAAAGGAAACCCUGCUGGAUUCACCUGCGCUUGUCCAAAUCUCAAAGUGCUGUUGCUUGAUGGGACAUGUGAAUAUCCAAGAUUUGUAUAUGCAUCCAGCACCAACAUCAACCUGGUGGAGUUCAGCGGUGACGCGUCCACUGACACCCAGCUAUUUACCACUAAUGACGGCAUCCUGUCUUUUGACGUGGACUGGUACAGAGACUGGCUGUACUGGGCCAACAACACUGGCCACAUCCAACGGACCAGUUUAACCCAGGUCAAGACUGAGGUGGUACCAACACCUUUGCCAGUAUGUCUUAUAAAAGUAGACCAGAGGAGUGGGAGCGUUUUCUGGGUGUCAUGUGACCAUAAAAGAAUCGGCACCACCACAGCUGAGGGUCGCUCCCCGCAGCAGCUAUACCGCACGACUAGGGAGAUAGGAAAAUUUCACCUGGACUGGCUGAGAGGUGGCAUCCUCUGGCUGGAGGAAAACCAAAUCCUCAGCAUGAGCAUGGUGGGAGGCAAAGCCAAACAGCUGCUGCAGUUGGCAGGGAGAGUCGAAGGCAACAUCGCCUUUGACCUCCGGGCCACGAGUCUGCUCUGGAACUCAAAAACAGCAGGUUUGACGACUUUGAGUUUGCUGCAAGAGCGAAGCCAUCAGGCAGGAAGAAGAUGGAACAUUUCGGGCUCAGUCGUAGCUGCAUUUGAGCCCUUCCUCUUGACCCUUUCUGACGACAUCAUGACUCUGUGGGACAGGCGUCAAGGCCGAGCUGUCCAGAACACGCCAGUGAGAGGUCGCGUGUCAGAAGUUAUCGCUGCACUUGGGGACAUUCAAGCAGUGCCCAGUUCCUCGGUCUGCAGUGCACCGUCUGUGCCAUGCAGACAAUCAUCAGUCUGCCUUUCACAAACCCAACUGUGUGACGGCAAACAGGACUGUCCUGAUGGAGAUGAUGAGAAAUUAUGUGCUACCACGUGUCCAUCUACAGAGGAUUUCAUGUGCCGGGACGGUAGCCGCUGCCUCGCCAGGGAUCUUCUAUGCGACGGUCGCUCUCAUUGUCGCGAUGGCUCAGACGAGGUCAACUGUUCGACCGUAGCUUCUCCUGCAAUUCAAGCAUAUGUCCUCAAGUGUCGCAUAGGCUCAAAGCCCUGUAAAGAUGGCACAGAGUGUGUUCUAAGCAGCCAUGUGUGCGAUGGAGAGGAAGACUGUACGGAUGGAUCAGACGAACUAGAAUGUGAUGUGGCUUCAACAACACCUGACAUCUCUACAUCUAAAACAUCCCCUGCUACGACUGCGCCGCCCUGCAGCAAACCCUCUGUGCUCUGUCUCUCUGGUAAUCUUUGCAUUUCUCCGAGCCAGUUUUGUGACGGCCGUAAAGAUUGUCCUGAUGGCUUUGAUGAAAAGAACUGUGUGAAGAGAUGUCCCAACAAAUACGAUUUUCGCUGUAAAGACCGACGUAGCUGCAUCUCCAGGAGUCUGGUGUGUGACGGUCGCUCUAACUGCCACGAUGGCUCAGAUGAGCUCAACUGUCCGAUUGCAGCUGCCACUGCAGCGCAGGCAAAAGUCCUGAGGUGUCGCUUUGGCUCCAGACAUUGCAAAGAUGGAAGUGAAUGUGUUCUCUUCAGUCACGUUUGUGAUGGAGAGCCAGACUGCCGGGAUGGAUCAGACGAAGAAGGAUGUGAUUCUGAAGAUGCCACCACUCCUCCAGAAACCUUCUCAAAUAAAUCUAAAUUUGUGGAACCAUCUACUGAGCCUCGCACCAUGCCACCCUGCAUCAGUCCUUCAGUUCUGUGUCCAGGUUCUUCUUUGUGCAUCAAUUUGACACAGCUAUGUGACGGAAGGAGAGACUGCCCUGAUGGAUCUGAUGAACAGUGUGUGAAAAUAUGCCCCUACAAGACUGACUUCCGCUGCAAAGAUCGCCGCAGCUGCGUUUCAGGGAGUCUGGUCUGUGACGGUCGCUCUCACUGUCACGAUGGCUCCGAUGAGAUUGACUGUCCGGCUGUAGCUGCUCCUGUAGCACGGGCAAAAGUCCUGAGGUGUCGCUUUGGCUCCAGACAUUGCAAAGAUGGAAGUGAAUGUGUUCUCUUCAGUCACGUUUGUGAUGGAGAGCAAGACUGCCGGGAUGGAUCAGACGAAGAAGGAUGUGAUGCUAAAGACACUACCUCUACCACUCCACCAAAAAAUCCUAUAAAUGGACUGCACAAACCUGUGGAACAAUCUACUGCGUCUCCCACCAUACCAAGCUGCACCAGUCCUUCAAUUCUGUGUCCAGGUUCUUCUUUGUGCAUAAGUUCGACACAGCUAUGUGAUGGAAGGAGAGACUGCCCUGAUGGAUCUGAUGAACAGUGUGUGAAAAGAUGCCCCUAUAAGACUGACUUCCGCUGUAAAGAUCGUCGCAGCUGCGUUUCAAAAAGUCUGGUCUGUGACGGUCGCUCUCAUUGUCACGAUGGUUCGGAUGAGAUUGACUGUCCGACCGUAGCUGCCCCCGCAGCACAGGCAAAAGUCCUGAAGUGUCGCUUCGGCUCCAGACAUUGCAAAGAUGGAAGUGAAUGUGUUCUCUUUAGUCACGUUUGUGAUGGAGAGCAAGACUGCCGGGAUGGAUCAGAUGAAGAAGGAUGUGAGACUGCAGAUAAUGUCAUCUCAAACAAGUCCCCUUCACCUGUCAAACCCUCGACUCAACCCACCAACGCGCCCCCCUGUUCCAGUCCGGCAUUUCUGUGUCCUCAGUCGUUUGUAUGUAUCAGCCCAUCACAGCUAUGUGAUGGACGUAGAGACUGUCCCGAUGGAUCUGAUGAGAACUGUUUGACCAGAUGCCCUUAUACAACUCAGUUUCUCUGCAAGGACCGUCGGAGCUGCGUCUCAAAAAGUCUGGUCUGUGACGGUCGCGCUAAUUGUCACGAUGGGUCUGACGAGGUCGACUGCCCAAGUGCACCUGCUCCCAUAUCUCAGCUGAGUGUUUUGAAGUGCCGUGUUGGCUCGCGGUCGUGUAAUGACGGCACAGAGUGUGUUUUAUACAGCCACAUAUGUGACGGAGAGGAGGACUGCAGGGAUGGAUCUGAUGAGCAGGGAUGCCAGAAAACCUGCCAAAAAGGUGAGUUUCAGUGCUCCCAUGGGAAGAUGUGCAUCCCUGCAGCUCAGGUGUGUGAUGGUAAGUCACAGUGUCGGGACCAGUCUGAUGAGGUCAACUGCCGGGAACAAUCCAAAAGCUGCGAAUUUCGUUGUGCCGAUGGCAAACGCUGCAUCCCGAAGAAAUUCCUGUGUGAUGGUGAAAGAGACUGCCUGGAUGGCACAGAUGAAGUGGGCUGUGUUUUUAACUCUCCAGAGUCCACCACUGCUGCAAUAACAACCAAGCUUCCUGCCUCCACUUCCACGUCUGCUUGCAUCUCUCCGUCUGUCCUCUGUCCGAGUUCAUCGCUGUGCAUCUCUCAUAAACAGCUGUGUGAUACACAGCAAGAUUGUCCUGAUGGAUUUGAUGAGAAAGACUGUGUUUUCCAGUGUAAAAACAAAGAUGACUUCUUGUGCAAAGACCGAAGAAAGUGUGUCUCCAGUAUGAAUGUGUGCGACGGUCGUUCCCACUGUCCUGACGGCUCAGAUGAGAUGCAGUGCCUGUCAAGUGAUCCCAUACCGUUCUCCUCCAAUAUGCCCAACCCCAAAUCAGCACCUCUGAAGUGCCGCAAAGGUUUCAAGCCCUGUAAAGAUGGCCUUGACUGUGUCAUGUACAGCCACGUGUGUGAUGGCGAGAAAGACUGCCAGGAUGGGUCAGACGAAGAGGGAUGUGCUGCUCAGUGCAAAGCAGGUGAGUUUCGGUGCGCUCAUGGGAAUAGAUGCAUCCCUUCUGAGCAGGUGUGCGACGGUCAGUACAACUGUCAGGACCGCUCUGAUGAAGUGGACUGUUCAAAGCAAAGUGAAGGCUGCCAUCACCGCUGUGACAACAACACUCGCUGCAUACCAGAGACCUUCCUGUGUGAUGGCGAGAAAGACUGUGGUGAUGGAUCAGAUGAGGAAAAGUGUGGUUUGGUUUCCUGUGCGAUCAACCAGUUUCGCUGUGCUAGUGGCAAGUGUGUGUCUGAGGCUCUGAGAUGUGAUGGAUACGCUGACUGCAGUGAUCACUCUGAUGAAAUGGAAUGUGGAAGACCCCCGCGCUGCCUUACACAGCUGCGAUGCUCAAACAGCCACGAGUGCUUGCAGAAGGAGUGGCUCUGCGAUGGUGAAGACGACUGCAAGGACGGGUCAGACGAGAAGAACUGUGUGACACCACCAGCACAAUGCAGGGAGUACCAGUGGCAGUGUGGCGACAGCAGUCAAUGCAUCCCGGUGUCCUGGAAGUGUGAUGGAACAAAUGACUGUCACAAUGGUGCAGAUGAAAACAAAUGCACCCAGAAAAAAUGCCCGUCGCACCUUUUCCAGUGUGGCAUCGGCGAGUGUGUGGACAUGGACCUGGUGUGUAACGGCUUUACCAACUGUGCUGACAGGUCAGAUGAGGGUGUGGGAUGUGCUCGACGCAACUGCUCCAGCCUGUUGGCUCCUCACUGUGACGACCGCUGUGUCAGCACCCCAAAUGGAGCGAGAUGUUACUGUGCGGCAGGUUUCAGACUUCAGUCCAGUGGUGUGUCCUGUAUGGAUAUCGACGAGUGCAAAGCAACACCGUACGCCAUGUGCAGACACAUCUGCAUCAACACCCGUGGGUCUUACGUAUGUAACUGUCACCCAGGCUUCUACCUGGAGCCUGACAACAAAAGCUGCAAGACAAAAGACGAACCUUGGCUGCUGGCGUCGGUGCAGUCUGAGCUGUUACUCCUGGGCGUCCACAGCAGCAACCUACGUCUCCUCUCGUCUGCCAGUCGGCCCGUCUUCUCACUGGAUUAUCACUGGAAACAGCAGAGAGUUUACUGGCUGAGCCCCGACUAUCAGAGCAUUCGCUGGGUUGACAUGAAAAACUCAAAUAACAAAGGGACACUUAUCAAAGGAGUGAAGUCUGAUUUUAUUGCUGUGGACUGGGUCGGUAAGAACCUGUACUGGGUGGAUGGACUUGUUGGCCAGAUACUGGCUGUGAAGCUCAGCGACGCUACAGUGAGAUCCCAGGACUACACUGUGGUCCUGGGUGAAGAUCUGGAGCAGCCCAGCUCAUUGGUCCUGCUGCCCCACAAAGGCCUGAUGCUGUGGUCAGAGAUUGGCAGCACCCCACAGAUUGAACGGUCGGGCAUGGAUGGUUCAAAGAGGAAGGUGGUGGUGAGCCAAGGCUUGAGUUGGCCUGUCAGUUUGGCCUAUGACCUGCUGGACAACAGGGUGUACUGGGCCGAUGAGAAGCUGCGCUGCAUCGGCUCAGCUUCUCUGGAUGGAGACAACGUGAAGAUUCUUCAGUUGGCUGAAACUCCGAGCCCUUUCUCGGUGGCAGUCUUCAAUGACAAAGUCUUCUGGUCCGACACGAAGAGAAGAACGAUUCGUUCAGCUGACAAGAACACUGGGAAAGAUCAAAAGGUUCUACUGAAAAGACCAGGGCAACCAUUUGGACUGAAACUGAUGCAUGCCCUUUCCCAGCCGUUCGUGUUUAGUCCCUGUGAUCAGCUACACUGCUCCCAUCUCUGCCUCUUGGCCCCAGUGGUGAGAGGCAGGUCUGGAGCUCCAGGAGCUCCGGUGGUGGGUGACCUUACUGCAGUAUGUCGAUGCCCAAAGGGGCUGCUGCUCUCCAAGGACAAGAUCACCUGUUCUCUGCCCACAGAGUCAACUUUCAUCCUGCUUUUGUCUAGCAAGACAGCCUAUCAGAUUUUCUUGCGCUCUAUGCAUGAAGAGGGUGUUUCCCUUAAGAAAAUGCCUAACAAUCGAGUUUUGGCUCUCCCCGGAGUCACUGAGGCUUCAGGACUCGACGUGUCCAUUCAUGAGCUGUUAGUGUUUGUGGCAGAUGCUAAUCAAGGAACUGUGGAUGUGUUGAAACUUGGCAGAUCGAGGCAGGGGCUGACCCCUGCUGGACAAAUCCUAAAGCUGAAGGAUGAUCCAGUCGUGGCUCUGGCAGUUGACUGGGUGACUUCCAACCUGUACUGGAGCAGCACCAACAGGCCCCAUCUUCAUGUGACCUCCCGCCAAGGCAGUUACACCACUUCUCUGCUGCAGGGAUCACUGAAGGGCACCACAUCCAUCGCACUGCAUCCUCCCUCAGGACGACUCUGCUACACAGCAACAUUUGUGGUGGGUGGAAACAGCGAGGCCCAGGUGAACUGCGCCUGGAUGGACGGCAGGAACAAAGCAGUGCUGUGGCGAAAGUCGAGCCUUCCCACAUCGCUUGUGUUUUCUAAUACAGGAGCCACAAUCUACUGGGCUGAUAGAGGUGAGGGAGUAAUCAACUCUAUUAGUGUGGAUGGAUCAGGAUAUAAACAGUUCAAAACAGGGCCAGGUCUGCUCAUCUCCUUCACACAUGCCGAGAACUACCUCCUCUGGGUCACCCUGGACAAAGAUGUAAUCAAGCUGUGGUUCACUGAUGGGUUUCAGCCUAAACAACUGUGGUUUGAGACAAAGACCAUCGUGGAGGAGGUCAAAGCCUACAGCAACAUCAGCCAGACUGGAACAAAUAGCUGCUCUAACAAAAAUGGCCAGUGUGACCACCUGUGUCUGCCUUAUCCUGGAGGGCGGACAUGUAAAUGUGGACAGGCCUUCUACAGCCUCGAUGCCACUUCCUGCGUCCCACUGCCCGACUGCCCGGACGGAGAACAGUCCUGCUCCGAUGGAACCGAGUGCAUCAGCUUCAGCAAGUUCUGCGACGGACACUCUGACUGCUCGGACCAGUCUGACGAACAGGCCUGUCCAAACAUGGACUCUUCCAGGAUCAAACCCACUGACAGUCGCACUACCCAGCCGUUAAACACAGCUCGCCCUAACAGCCAACAAGACUCUGUUCUUCCAGUUAAAAAAGACUCUGUGUCCUGUGAGCUCCAGCACUGCAGCGGCCACGGCAACUGUGUCUCCGAGGACAGAGUCACUCGCUGCCAUUGCUUGGCUGGUUACACGGGAGAGUUUUGCCAGGAGACGGAAAGUGGACACAGCCACGUCCCUGCUGUCCUGGGUGUCUUCUGCCUCGUUGCUCUGUUGACAGUUGCUGUUUUUAUGUUUGUGAAAAGGAGAGCCUGGGCUUCCCUCAGGAACAGAUCCAUGGACAAAGAAACUCUGAUGGCCAACAUGGGCCUGCCAUCUGAACACUGUGAUUCUGACUCUGAGGAGCUCGAGACCCCAGUUGACGUCAACAACCCCCCGCUUUUGUUGAAGUCCCUCCAGCCUAAAUAGAUGAACUGUGGUAUUGUUAUUGAUCAGAUAUCACAAGUCCUAUCAGAAUAUACAUCUUGGGUCCUGAAUUUCAACCUGUUGAUGCAGAUUAUUUUGUAAUAAACACAAUUUGACGUGAACCAA